GGUUUAGUGUAUAUAUUGUUCUCCAAUAUAUCAAUAUUAUGCAUUUAUACGACAAUGAGGCAGACAUACACUAAUGUGUAAUAGUAAUGACCACAGAGACCCGAGGAUUAUUCUCCCAAUAUCUUUGGAGUAUUUUUAGACAUUUUAGAGGACUAAAUCAAUACACGGCACACAAUGACACCCCUUCAUGAUAUUUAAAUCCUGCUCACAUUCUCAGGUCACCAGUUCUGCUGUGAAAGAAUCUGGUACGAUUUGACUAGCCGGUAGACUCUAAUCAUGAAUGGUACGAAUGGUACGGAUAGGAAACAGGUCGGACAGCCAUUACUGGUUAAGACUGGAAUUCCCUCUGUUCCAAAUACUGACCUGGGUGCCGAAUACACCUCAAGGGAUUUAUCGGUGACAGGAGCUCUUGCAGAAAGCCACCUGUCGUUAAAUACUAGCCGAAAAUAUUCGUCAGCUUUAAAGAUAUUGAAACCAUUUAGGCCUUCAAAUAAAGAUGGCAAAAUACCCAUCAAUAAAGUUGGUUUAUUCUCGUACAUAUCAAUAUCAUGGAUUUCAUCUCUUGUGAUGACUAUAUACAAAAACAGAGGAGGAGCGAUAAAGGAGGAGGAUGUUUGGGAGUGUUCCGACUGGGAGACCAGCAACGUCAAUGCCGAAAGACUAGAACGACUGUGGAAGAAAGAGUUGAAGGAUCAUGGCAGGGAAAAGUCGUCGUUCAUAAGGACGUGGCUCAAAUUUGCACAAACUCGUUUACUUGUGUCAUUUUCUCUUGUUGUUUUGAAUGCAACCGCUACGUUUUUCAUGACAGGUUACAUUACGAACAUGGUCAUCAGCUACCUAGAAUCAGAGGAAUCCAAUCUCGGGGUUGCCAUAGCGCUAUUAGUAGGAAAUUUCUUUGGUCAGCUGCUUCGAGCGACAUCGUACACCGCCUUGAUUAUGUUUGGAUCUCAUACAGGUAUGCGAUUUCGUGCUGGCGUGCUUGGAUUAGCAUAUAAGAAAUUCAUGAAAUUUCAAAGUGUACCAGGAAAAGUUUCCUCUCAGAUGAUUACCAUAUUUGGAGCAGAUGCCCGGAGACUUCACGUUAAUUGCGCAACACUGGCAUUCCUGAUGGCCGUUCCAGUAUACAUCAUCAUAGCAAGCGUCUACUCGUUCUACCUCAUUGGACCGUGGUGUUUCAUAGCACUUGGGUUAUUCAUAUUCUGCUAUCAGCUGCAAGUGCGAUUGAACCUUGUUAUAUCAAACCUCAGAAUAAAAACACUAGUUUUUACAGAACAACGGAUACGUAAAAUGAAGGAGGUUCUAUACAAUAUGAAAAUGAUAAAAAUGUAUGGUUGGGAAGACUCAUUUCUUGAUGUCAUUAAAGGAAUAAGGAAAAGUGAAAUGCGGAUAUUGAUGCAGGCCGCUGUGAUAAACUCUGUGGCCAGUGCCAUUAAUCCUGUUACACCGUCCCUAGCUACUGUCUCAACCAUUGCUACCUACAUGGCAUUUGGAAACGAUAUUACAGCGUCAAAGGCCUUUGCUCUAGCUGCUACUAUGGAAUAUCUUCGCAUAUUACUAACCCAUGUGCCCAUUGCGACUAGAAUGUACGGGGAAUCAAACGUUGCACUGAAGCGAAUCAAGGAAUUUCUUGUACGAGACGAUUAUAUAACACCGACGUCUGAAGUCAGAGAGGAGAGCAAUUCUGUUGAAAUUCAAGACGGUGUUUUCCAGUGGGAAGGUUCAAAUGAUAUGUCCGAUGAAAAAGAUAAAAAGAAAAAGAGCAAAAAGAAAGAAGAAAAUGAUGCAUUGGAUCCAUCACGUACAGAAAACGCCGAUCCGUUCAAGCUAGACGAUAUCCAGAUUGAUGUUAAAAAAGGACACCUGAUAGGUAUAUGUGGCUCAGUAGGCAGCGGGAAAUCGUCCCUGAUAUCAGCCAUUCUUGGCCGUAUGCCAAAAUCAACAGGCCAUCUUGCCGUAAAUGGAUCUGUUGCUUACGCCGCUCAGCAAGCCUGGAUAUUUAAUGGAACUUUAAGAGAAAACGUACUGUUCGGACAACCAUAUGACAACACAUGGUACGAUACUGUUAUCUAUGCCUGUGGACUAGAACCUGAUCUCGAUUUACUGCCAAAUAGAGAUAUGACAGAGAUUGGAGAAAGAGGAAUCAAUAUCAGUGGAGGCCAGAAACAGAGACUGAGUCUAGCACGUGCGGUCUACAGUAAAAGCGAUGUGUAUCUCCUUGACGACCCACUGUCCGCCGUUGAUGUCCACGUUGGACGACAUUUGUUCCACAAAUGUAUAAGGAGCACUUUAAAAGGAAAGACCGUUAUACUGGUCACUCAUCAAUUGCAGUACCUCCGUCAUUGUGACGAGAUAGUGGUUAUUGAGGAGGGGAAGAUUGCUGAGCGAGGACAUCACGACGAUCUAAUUGCCCGAGACGGUUACUAUGGUUCCAUGAUGGGUCAAUUCCACACCACAACGUCACACAAUGCAGCAACUGGAAAUAGUGAUGACUCGUCGUCACAACAUGGUCAAAUCCAAUCAUCCGAUGAUUCAAAGGAGGAGAAAACAGUAAAUUCAGACGAGAAUAAAGGUGAGUCGGGUAACCUAACUGAGAAAGAAGAAGCUCACACUGGCGAUGUAUCCUGGGGGACAUACAAAACUUAUAUAAGUGCCGGCGGCGGCUAUGUACCAAUGGCUGCUGUUAUGUUUCUAGUUAUCAUCUCAGUCGCCUCAUUGGUGUUCACAGACUGGUGGCUCGGUCUCUGGCUUCGCGAUAACGAUAAAUUAGCAAAGUCUGCCUCAGCAAGUGUUCUCGUUAACUUCACCAUGUCAUCAAAUACAUCAACACCUUACUCCAUACCAAAGCUUAAUCAAACAUAUAGCUUACAAGAUAGCAACUAUACACGUGCAGUACCACUCCCAGACAGCAGUGCCAGGCUGCAGUUUUACCUUUUGAUAUAUCUAGGAUCGAUGGUAGGGAUCGUGGUGUUUACCAUCAUAAAAGGACUUGGUCAAUCUUGGAUGAUGAUGCGGUCGACUCGAUUAUUACAUAACCGCGCUUUAGCCAACAUUAUGAAGGCCCCCAUGAAGUUCUUUGAUGCCAACCCAGCCGGACGGAUUCUCAACAGAUUUUCCCAGGAUUUAGAUGAAAGUGAUGUCUUCAUCCCCGUCUUUAUCGAUAUAUUGCUUCGUUUGGUGGUGAUGGUUGUCAUGGCUCUUGGUUCGGCUGUCUUCAAUCUUCCAUGGACGUUCAUCGCCAUAGUCGCUUUAACAGUUGUAUUUUAUAUCUUCAAGAGGAUUUCGGUCGAGUCAACCAGGCAGAUGAAGCGCUUUGAAAUGAUUGUUAUGUCUCCAUUGAUCAAUCAUGUGACUGCAUCCGCACAAGGACUUUUUACAAUUGUCUCAUUCAAACAGCAAAAACAGUUUAUAAAAGAAUGUAUGAAGUUUACUGAUGUGACGACAACAGGACUGUUCCUGGUAGAAGGAAUCACGAGAUGGAUAGAACUUCGUCUAGACAUAACAGCCUCAGUAAUGAUAGUAGUCACGAUGCUGGUUAUGAUCUUAAUGAAGGGAACAAUCCCUCCUGCGUUUGCCGCCCUGUCGUAUAUCUUGUGUGUCAGGGUGGUAUCGUCCAUGCAGUUUAUAGUUAGGGUAACGAACGAGACGGAAUCAAGGUUUACCUCUGUUGAAAGGAUACACGAAUAUGAAUCGAAUAUAGAAAUAGAAGAUGAUUCUGUCUCGGUGAUACCGGAUAAGAAUUGGCCGCAAGACGGCUGUCUUAUUUUCUCCGACGUCACGAUGCGCUACCGGAAGGACAUGGACCCCGUUUUAAGAAACAUCCGUUUCGAUAUAAAACCAAAGCAGAAAGUCGGUAUCGUAGGCAGGACAGGUGCCGGUAAGUCCUCCCUAGCCGCGGCACUGUUCCGUCUGUGUGAAUUGUCAGAAGGUCACAUUUCUAUAGACGGAGUUGACAUCGCCCACAUCCCGCGUAAAACUCUCCGAUCUCGUCUGUCCACCAUACCUCAGGACCCUGUCCUCUUCACCGGCACACUCAGAUACAACUUGGAUCCAUUUGAUCUGUAUACAGAUGAAGUUAUAUGGGCAGCUAUAGAACAAGUUCACAUGAAAGAGAAGAUCAAAGGGUAUGGUGACCAACUACAAUUAAAAGUGGAGGAGAAUGGAGAAAACUUUUCUGUUGGAGAAAGGCAGCUGAUUUGUCUGGCGCGGGCUAUCCUGAGGCGGAAUAAGAUCCUGGUACUGGACGAAGCUACAGCGUCUAUUGACACGUCCACAGACGCCAUGAUACAGGAGACUAUCCGGGAGAGUUUCGCCGACUGUACCGUCCUCACGAUCGCUCACAGACUCAACACUGUCUUACACUGUGAUAUCAUAUUGAUUUUGGAGGCUGGAGAGGUCGUGGAGACGGGAAAACCACAAGAUCUGUUAUCAAAUCCGGAGUCUGUAUUUAACAGGAUGAUACGGGCACAGACAGUGAAAACUCCGUCACCUUAAUGGUGAGGCAUGUGCGGUAAUCAUGGACAUCUGACAGCAAAAUCAAAUUUAGAAAUCCUUUCAAUCACACACUGCCACACCAACACUAACAUUGAUGAAUUUUACACAUCAUACACUAGAACAUUAUUGCCUUCGUCGUUUAAUAUCAGAUAUGUCCCGUUAUUCAAUGAAUAAGUCGUAAAUAAGGAACAAAUUGUGUGCAUACACAUCAUGUAUAUCUAUAAUUGUAAGAUUUCUCAUUUAAUGAAAGCAUUUCUUUGUGUGCCACGGGACCGCUUAUUCCGAAAUCGUCACAAUAUAUUUACAUGAAGUUAUUUUCGCAGUUCAUGCAGAUGUCAUGGUGCUAAUGUUCAUCACGAUUGUGACGUAUUAGAGAAGUUAACGAUGCAGGGCUGUAUGCCUUUAGGCAUAUAGUGUGUUUUAAUUAUCUUGUGUAUCCUUUGUGAUGUAUUUACUGAAGAUAUUUUCUCAUGUGUCACGAGGUAACUAAUUUCUCAGGGGUUGUAGGGGCCAAUUUAAGAAUACUGGUACAUCUGACAAUACGUUUCCUCCCCGUCCGUCUGUCUGUCAGUCCGCGCUUUUCUCAGCCAUGCUUCAAGGUAUGUUGGUGAAAGUUGGUUUGUAAGUUCACUAUGAGUAGCUACAUAUCAAGUUAGGGUUUUAGGGUUAAGGUCAAGGUCACUGUUAAUAUUUUCAGCGGGGGCCAAUAGGGGACAUUAUUGCUUUAGCAAUACCCAGCAUGCUUGCUGAUGAUAUUUCAAAACUUAUAUUUACCCGAAAACGGCCGUCCUUCAAUAAGCAAUUCAAAGGCAUUGCGCCCUUAGAGUAUUUAGUUGUCCUGUCCCUUAUACUUUUUGUAGAGGUGAUAAACGUCUUGCAUUGUGACAGACAUAAAAUAAUAGAUUGAAGGAACUAAACAUUGAAUUUACAGCAAUUCGUUUACUAGUCAUGAUAUAUUGUCCCUUUCUUAAAGACCAAUUUCUGGAAAUAGUUUAUUCCAUUUUUAGGAUAUCGGCUACGUAAUAAGUGCAGAUUUUGUGUGUAUAUUUAUAAUUGUAUAACGGAUAUUUUCGUGACAAAUAUUUUACUGAUAGACCGAGCCCAUGUGUUUUUUAUGUGAAGUGUGUUGUUUUACGCAAGUGAUAAUCACUUGUGCGUAUCUUUGAUUUUAGAAAAUGGCCAUGAGUACUAUUUCAUUUAAUAUUUCAUUCUCAAAUUUAAUAGUUUUCAUUGAAUUCUGAUACAGAACAACUUUUAAAUUGAUAAUUAUAUUUCAUAUAUUAUUGCCAAAUAAUGUGUUUAGAAAUACGGUAUAAAAUGUAAUUAUGAUCAGCAGUAUCAAAUGUACAUGUUUUUGAAUAUCUAGCAUAUCUAUAUGUUUGUCAAUAUAUAUCUGCGUCAAGCUAAAGUAAAUGAAAACUCAUUAAUUACAACUUAGUAAUUAUCUAUGAUAGGAUGCUUGCUGCCUGUUUUAAAAUAUAUUUACUUUUCAAAGAUAAUCUUGAUCAAUAUUGUUGAAUAUAUAUAAGACAUUGUUUGACAAUUUAUAUUUCCUUUGCAUAUUAUGCUUUAAAAUGAGUGGAUUGGGGCCAUCUAUCUUUAAUAUCAUCCAUUACAUGUAGCUUGAAUAUUGUAGUUGGAAUAGGAAAAUUGAUAGAUAGCUAAAAUGUAGCUUAUUUUCAAUAGAGCUUCUAUUACGAAUACGAUAUAACGUAUUUUCAAUAGUCUUAUUUAACGGCUCAUUUCCGUCAACAUUUGUGAUAAAAAAGAAAUUGUUAGCCAUGUAGUUAACGUUUGAUAGAUAAAUUGUAUGAUAAUAUAGGUACCUGUUUUGUAUUUGUGAGGUUAUCGCUUGAUCACUUUCUAUUCUUAGUUAUAUUUAGUGAGAAAUGCUCAUGUAGGAAGGUACAGCGGAUUAUGUAACCUUACAGACUUCCCACUGUACAGAAGAUAGUUUUCAUUAAAGAAUGGAGAAAUAUGUGGAUUGCUUUUUUUAUGUUAUAUGUUAAUUAAAUGAGAUUCUACUAUAAUAUUUAUUCAUUCUAUUUUUUUUUGUCAAUAAAGUUGCUGUUUUCAACAAA